UGGUUUUGUGUUGAUGUGUAUUGCGAUUGUGAAUUUGUGAUAAACAGAUAAAUGUUUUAGAAUAUUUAGUUUCCAAAAUUUUAUUUCACGAAUGUUUAACCUUUUUUUAUAAUUUAACUGUAAAUCGCACUUGUGUUGUAGCAGCAAUAAAUAAGCAUGUAUUCAUCGGAGGCUAUGUCAAUACAGAAUAUUGCCGCCUUCAAAGCAAAACGUUUGGCACAGGAGAGGGCUACAAUCAAGAGCAACAACAACUCCGAUGGGCUGGCCGUCAUUGGAUCAGACUUUCAACCCACCCUUGAUUAUGACAUAGACCCGUUGAGUUUACUUCGACAUUACAACAUAAACAAAAAAGAAAUAAUUGAACGAGAUAACCAAAUUAUAUUUGGUGAAUUCUCUUGGCCCAAAAAUAUUAAAACAAACUAUCUUAUGUUUGGGUCUGGAAAGGAAGGCGCUGAUAAAAAAUAUUAUACAUUGGAAAGUCUCGUAUUCAUUCUCAAGUAUAUACGAUUGACCCAUCCAAUUUAUGUUAGACAAGCAGUUGCUGCAAACAUACCGGCUGUGCUUUGUCCAGAUCGUGAUGAAUUGUUGGCAUACUUGAAUGGUGAAACUGCAACUUGUGCAUCAAUAGAUAAAAGUGCUCCUCUAGAAAUACCAACCCAGGUAAAACAUAUUCAUGAUCAUGAGGGUGGUGAAUCUGCAGUAAAGAAGCCUCAUAUCGAGGAAAUCCAUGUGCAGAAGGUACAAAAACAAGUUGCAGCUAGACUUGAUACUUCGAAGGCGGCAUCCGUCACAGUUGACAAUAUGAAGUCUUUAUCGGAGGCUAUGUCAGUGGAGAAAAUUGCCGCCAUCAAAGCAAAACGUUUGGCAAAGAAGAGGACUACAAUCAAGAGCAACGACUACUCUGAUACUCUGGGAGUCGUCGGAUCGGACUUUCGAGCCAUCCUUGACUAUGAUGUAGAUUUAACCAAGGAUAUUAUGAGUCGGGAGAGACAGUGGCGCACAAGAACGACAGUAUUACAAAGUAACGGAAAGGUGUUUGCGAAGAGUAUUCUAGCUCUGUUGGGCAGCAUUCGAGCGCGGGAAGAGGGUCGACCAGGAGCACCACGGCCGCAGCCAAUUGUCAUGCCACAGCCCACAUCAUUACCGCAACAGCAAACACAGUACAACAGAUACGAUCAGGAAAGGUUUAUUAGGCAAAAAGAAGAAACGGAAGGGUUCAAAAUCGACACCAUGGGUACCUAUCACGGUAUGACACUGAAGUCAGUAACAGAGGGACCAAGUGUACCGGCCGCUGCGCGCGCGCCUCAAACGCCGAGCCAUCCUAGGCAAAUGCCACAAAACGGCUCGAUGGGCGGGAGUACGCCGGGGCGGCGGGAACUGCUACCAGUGGCGGCGGCGCGGCCUCCUGCCGGCGCGGGCGGCAAGCGGCCUUCGCGAACACCCAUCAUCAUCAUCCCCGCAGCCACCACCUCACUCAUAUCCAUGUACAAUGUUAAGGACACGCUGCAGGAUCUUAAAUUCGUCACUGUGGAACAGAAGAAAGCUGAAGGAGCGGCUCGUGAAAAUGAAGUAUUGUUGCAGAGAAGAAAAGGACCCACAGGGGAUGUACCAAACAACGCGACUACUAUUACGGUACCUUACCGCGUCGUGGACAACCCGGGCAGACUAUCGGCCGCGGAGUGGGACAGAGUUGUCGCAGUAUUCGUGCAGGGACCAGCCUGGCAGUUCAAGGGGUGGCCUUGGGAUGGCAAUCCUGUUCAGAUAUUUGCUAAUAUUUGCGCAUUUCACUUGAAGUACGAUGAAAUGAAGUUAGACGCGAACGUUGCUCGCUGGGCCGUCACUGUACUAAACUUAAGUCGCACCAAGCGGCAUCUUGACCGCGCCGUCCUACUCGGAUUUUGGGAGACACUUGACAAGCACAUGAUGAAGAAUAAGCCGCACCUUAGGUUCUAAAUCAGAAAUAUAUCUAAUAGUAUAUUAUAUAAUGCCAUGUGAAUAUCAGAAAGCCUUGAAAGCAAAGCGAAUCUAAGUCAAUUCAUACCAUUUUAGAAAUAUUUUGGCUAUUUUGCAGUGAACUGAUAUUAUUAUAUUGUAGUACAGAAGAAUCCGUUUAUUAUGACUCCGCCUAUAUUGACCAACCGGUUAUUAUAACGUAAUUGCAUGACGAAGUUUGGUUUUCAUAUAAAAUUCUUUAUAAAAAAGUCGGAUAUAAUGACUUCCCUUACAGUGACAUGCCGCUUUAUAUGACCCAUUUUUAAUAAAUUAUGUCCGGUUAUAAUGACCGGCACGAUUCUUUACCUUCAAUAAUGUUCGUUAAUUCCCGACGACGUUCGGCA